GGCUAGGCCCGCCCCCAGCCGCCCAAGGACUCCCGUUAUAGCCGCUGCCCGCUAGCGCCCCGGAAGCUGCCCCUUCUCGAGGGUCAUGAUGGGCAGCAAGAUGGCGUCUGCUAGCAGGGUCGUUCAGGUAGUCAAGCCACAUACUCCAUUGAUAAGGUUCCCUGACAGAAGGGACAAUCCUAAACCCAAUGUAUCAGAAGUUUUAAGAUCGGCAGGACUACCAUCUCACUCUGCACUUUCACAGCAUUCUAAGGGAAGUAAAUCACCAGACUGGCUGAUGAAUCAGGGCCCACCAGACACUGCAGAGAUGAUAAAAACAUUACCUCAGAAGUACAGAAGGAAACUUGUGUCUCAAGAAGAAAUGGAAUUUAUCCAACGUGGAGGUCCAGAAUAAUCACCGAGACUGUGGCUGCUGUUUGUCAUCAGACAACAGAAUAGUCUUUACAAUAAAGGACUUCCAAAAUGACAAAUGAGAAAUUAUAAAUUAAACAACUUUAAUAAAUAUCGUGUAAAAAAAAAAAGAAGUAUAGAAGAUUUAGAUGGACACUUGUAUCUCCUAAUUUAUGUGUCUUGGUCAGCUUCUGCACAAGCUUGCCUGAUUGUUUAUAUACUUUAUACUUAUUAAAGUAUACAUUUUAAAAUGUUAUUAAUUUACCCUUGAUUAUCAAGUAUUACCAGUGUUGAACUAUUAAAAGCACACAAUGUCUAGUGAACUAUCAUAGGUUUCCUAUAAUCUCUACUUUUCUUCAAGUUUCUAUUUAGACAUGGAAUGAGUAUAUCAGGCAGAAUUGCUGCUUUCUGGAAGUGAUUUUCCUGAAAUUGGAUGAGGAUCAGUGAAAUAAUGACUCCAUUAUUUGUUCUUAAUCCUCUUAACAUAUUUGCAUUCACAAAGUUACUGGAGUAUAACUGGCUUAAUAAGCAUAUCCUCCUCUAAAUGAUAAAAGUAUAGCAUGGUAUAACGGGUGACUGUGGUAUUAAGACUAGGGGGUUAACACAACCUCCCUAUGUUGAGUUUAUUGUUCAGAAAAAAAUGUCAGAGUAUAAAGUGGAAAAUAAGAGAUCAAAAUGAAUACAGCAUAGGAAUAACAUUUGACCAGAAAUGGCAAUUUAUUAUGUUUUUAGGGAUGUUAAGAAAGUCGUGUUCUUUGGUUUAUUUUACUGUUUUGUGAUUGUGUAUACAAAUCCUGAUAAUCAUAAACUUUCUCAAACUUAUUGUCUAAAAGCCUCAUAAAAUCAACCUAACCAUUUACCUUCUUAAGGCAAUUAAUGAACUUUGAAUAGGGUCUUCCUGUGCCAAGGGUAUGUAUUAUUGUGAAAGUAAAGCCUCACAAAGUGAAAUGAAUUCUCUUCCAUACCUUUAAUGAUUUCUAGAAUAUGCCUUAAAGAAAUCAUCCCUAAUAGUAAGGUUAACUCAUGAGCAAUAGAGAAGAAUUGUUGAGUACAUUUUUAUAUAUACCCAGUUUCCAGUGGGCUAAUCUUUAUACUUUUUUUUUUUUAACUAUUCAGAGUUGAUCUGCUUUUCAUGUAAAUUGUGUAUUGUGGCUUACUAUAGACGUUGCCCCAACUCAAAUGUGAGAUAGGAGUUUGGUGCUAGCAAUAAGCUGUUUUGGUGACUCACGAGAAAUAUAGGACUUAUGAUUUCUUUUUUAUUAUUUAAAAAUAUGUAUCUGGAAAAUUUUCUUAUAAGCUAGUACUAUUCUCUUUUUUAUCUUUAGCUUUCUCAUUUCAGUAAAAGGAAGCCCAAGGCAAGGUUUUUGCUUUCAGAAACAGAGGAGUUUCAGGUAAUGAAGAGUGGCUUGAGUAAUACUGCAGGCCAGCAGUUAGAAACCCCAAUACUGGAACUGUCUGAGGGACACCUUUACUACAGGUGCUGCCAUGAAAGUAUUACAAUGAAAAUAUGUAUCACUUGUAUGGAAUUUGUGAGGUAGAAGUAUGACAGAAGGAUGUUAGUGGGAAUUGCUAUCCUUGGAUGAGUUCCUAAGGAAGAUGGUGUCAUAGAAUUUGGGCUUGGCUUAGAGUAAAUAGCUUGUAUUUUUAUUUAGGGAUUAAACACUUACAUCUGUAACUGUCAGCAAAUUGUUUAGUUUGUCCAAGUUGCAGUUUUCUUUCCAGUGCUAUACAGUGUGGUAGGCAGGAUCAAAUUGGUGUAUUGUCUAUUACUUUGUAACAAAUCACCCCAAAACUUAGUGGCUAAGAACAACCAUAAUCACUUAAUAGCUCAUGUUUUCUCUGGGUCAGGAAUUCUGGAGCAGCUCAGCUGGGCACUUGUGCUCAGUGUUUCUCAUGAGGCUGCAAUCAGAUGCCACCUGGGGUUGCAGUUAUCUGAAGGCUUCCCUGGGGCUGGACAAUCCACCAGGUUGAUGCUGGCUGUAGGACAGAGGCCUCAGUUCCCCUCCACAUAGGCCUCUUCAGAGGGCUGCCUGAGUGAAUUCAUAACAUGACUGACUUCCCCCAGAGCAAAUGGUCCCAGCAUACAAGCAGAAGCAGCAAUGCCUCUUUACGAUCUAGACUCAGAAGUACACACAUUCACUUCUGCUGUAUUCUACUGGUCAUGCCGAAUAGGCUGUUUCAUUGUGUGAGGAAACUAUACAAGUACAUUAAUACCAGAAGGCAAGAAUCAUUGGGGCCAUCUUGGAAGCUGCCUACUCAUUACUGAUGUGGGAAAGUGCUCUGUAGGUUGUGAAAUGCUAUACAGGUGCUGAAUGGUAUUUUAUAUAUACAAUGACCUAAUGAACCCCGAAUAACACUUAAACGUUGCCUUUGUUACCCUAUUUAAAGUGUUCUAAAAUAGGAAUUUACUUGUCAGCAACAUGGUAUAAUGUGAUUAUCACUUCAUAUACCAUGGCACACUUCGGAACUUGAAGCCUCACAGGUUUCCUAUCAAAUUUAGAGCCCUGUUUAGCUUAUUGCCACUACAAGUGAGGUUAGAUUAUUGUUACAGUGAUGUCUUUUAGAAGGAACGUUCAUCUAUAUCAUGUGACAUUGUAUCAUUAGGUAUGACUUGCCACAAUUAAGAGGUGUAAGUGGUAUGUAGAUGGUGUGUUUAAUGCAGUGUAUGAGAAUUUUGCUCAAUGAAGGCAUCAGAAUUCGAUAAAGACCCAAGUAGUGACAACUGGAAGGUGACCAAUAAUAGUGCUUUAUGUGAUAGCUAACAUAAACUGAACACUGUCAGACACUAUCCUAAGGGUUUUUGAAGUGUGAAGUCAUUUAAGCCUUGCAGCAAUCCAGUGAGUAGGCCUUAUUGCAGAGGAGGAAACUAGGAACAGAAAGAUUAAAUAAUACUCUCAAAUCAUAAAUCUAUUGAGUGAGUACUUGUGGGACCAGUAUUCAUAGGCAGGUAUUCUAGAUCCAGACUUAGGACUCAACAUUUACACUGUAUUACCUUGGCUAACUUAUGAGCUCUUGUAUUCUGCUGCCUUCUUUAACAUAACUGAAAAUCAGGAUUCUCAGCUUUUAGGAACAUCAAAUGCUCCAGCUCAAAACCUUAGAAUUACCUUUCCCCUACCCCAACCCAUAUCCAGUCUGUCAGCAAAUCCUAUUGACUAGAAGCCAAACUGAUACUACCUAAUACAUUUGGAUUGCAGCAAUAAAUCUUAAACUGGCCUUCUUGAUUUUCCUUGCCAUGUAAGUCUAUAGUGUAGCCUCUCACAACAGCCAGAGGGAACCUUUUAAAACAUUAAGUCAGAUCGUAUCACUUGUCUGCUCAAAACUCUGCAGUGGCUUUUCAGUAAUUUCCUUAUAGUACCACCGUAUUUAAAACCACAAACCCUACUGUCUCCCCUUUCUCUGCUUUAUUAUCUCUGUAGCAAUUAUCACUAUGUAUCAUAGCAUAUGUUACUUGUUUAUUGCCUCCCAUUGGAAGGUAGGGAUCUUUUUUUACCUGCUGAUUGAUUUCUCAGCCUUGACAGAGCCUGGUACGUGGUAAACACCCAAUAUAUAUUCGUUAAAUAAAUGAUUUAAUGUGUUUAA